GCGUAACAGAGCUGGGAGUCCAACUGCAAAGGGCUUGUCACCGCCCGGCUAGCGGGAAGCGUGGCGGCGCGGCUUGAGAAGAAACAACCGAGGACGCCCCUCAAAGAGCAGGAGCACGUGGGCCUGCGAGAAUGGCGCUGACAACAGCCCUACCAGGCGUCGUCCCGCAGCAGGACCAGAUGGCAUUACCUCGGCCCCAGUGGCCACCACCAACACCGCCAUGGCCGCCUUGCCGGCCGAGAAGCGGCCACUGCGCAGGCGCGCCCGAGGACCAGCAGGUGGGCGGGGUCACGAGCCGGAAGUGUGCUCUCCUACAGGCCCUUCCGGAAACCCGGCGGGCCGUAACUGCCUGGAGUUCCGGCCUCCAGACGGAACUUCGCGUCGCUGGGCAACCGGUGCGGGCGCGCCAGACUCGCUCUACGCUCCAGGGAGAAAGCCUACUGUAGCUGCGAGCAGCUGCGCGGACCUCCUCGCAUCGCGCCCGCUUCCCCGAGAGCCGCGUCCCCGCGCGUCGCGGCAUCCCUGCCCUUGGCACUACUUACACGUCUCCGGCUCCCACGACUCCUUAACCCCCACCUGCUUCCGAGUCCCCCUCCACCGAAGGGGUGGCGGUUCGACCCCUGACAUGGCUUCGGCGAUGACAGACCACAACCCUCGGGCCUCCCGCACCUACACCUACACCAGCAGGCCCCGGGCUGUGCCUUGCCAGCGCCGCCGCUACCGGGACAGCCUUUUGCAGCCAGCUGAAGAGCCUUUGAAUUAUGGAAACAUAAUGUACGACAGAAGGGUGAUCCGAGGCAACACCUAUGCACUGCCCACAGGACAAGUGCCUGGGCAGCCUGACCCUCUAGAGCUUCAGAAGCAGCAGCAGGCCAGGAGGAGGGCGCUUGCCAGAAAACGAGCCGAAGAACAGCUCCGACCAGGGACACCUGAGCCCGUGGAGGGCAGAAAGCACGUGGAUGUGCAGACAGAAUUAUACCUUGAAGAAAUUGCUGACCGCAUAAUUGAAGUCGACAUGGAAUGCCAGACAGAUGCAUUUCUGGACCGACCACCAACACCCCUCUUCAUUCCUGCCAAGACGGGCAAAGAUGUAGCCACUCAGAUACUAGAAGGAGAGCUCUUUGACUUUGACCUUGAAGUCAAACCAAUGUUAGAAGUUUUGGUGGGGAAAACCAUUGAGCAGGCCCUUUUAGAAGUGAUGGAAGAAGAAGAGCUAGCCAAGCUGCGGGCCAGUCAGUAUGCAUAUGAAGAAAUAAGGAAUGUUGAGCUGGCUGAAGUGCAGCGACUGGAAGAGCAAGAGAGAAGGCACCGAGAAGAAAAGGAACGCCGGAAGAAACAGCAGUGGGAAAUCGUGCAUAAGCACAACGAGACAGCACAAAAGAUCUCGGCUCGUGCGUUUGCUCAGCGGUACCUGGCUGAUCUUCUCCCAUCCGUCUUUGACAGUCUCAGGACUAGCGGCUACUUCUAUGACCCAGUUGAAAGAGACAUUGAGAUCGGAUUCUUUCCAUGGCUAAUGAAUGAAGUUGAAAAGACCAUGGAGCACAGCAUGGUGGGAAGAACCGUGCUUGACAUGUUGAUCCGUGAAGUUGUUGAAAGAAGGCUAAAUAGUUACGAGCGUAAGGAGGACACACAGCCCUCUCUGAGGUCGGAUGAUGUGCUCAGUGGUCCUGACACCCUGACAGAUCCCUCGGUGAGUUUAGAAUUACAGGAGCCAACCGCAUCCCACACCCAGAAGCCACUUAUAGACACAGACUCCUCACAGAAAAUACCAACCCAAGAAAGGAAGCCCGUGGAAGAGAGGACUGCUUCUUGGCAGAGUGUCCAAGCAGAACUGAAGGAGUCUAUAGGGGAGGAGCUGCCACAACCAGAAGGAUCAUGGGAGCCAGGGAGCCACUCAGCAUCUGGUCAGUAGUAACACAAGUAGGGCACUGGUGCACGUGAGCCAGACUUUAGAAAUUAUGUGAUAUUUAGACACCAAAUCUUUUUGUCUAAUUGGCUGAACAAAUCAAUUAUGAUUAAAAAAAAAAUAAAGCUAAUAAAAAUGACACUUUUCAUUUAUUUAACAAUAUCCAAAGGCCAUAUUGUCAUACUAAUAAGAUUCUUGCCUAGUCACUCAUUUCCCAUUACUGUCAUUUAUAACUAGUAAGUGUAUCUUUUCUUAAUC